AUGAAGUUCUUAUCUAAGUUUCCAAAGGCAGUAUAUCCUGGCCAACUAAUUUGCCCACUUUAUCAAGGUGAGGAUGGUGAAGGAAGUAAUAUGGUAUACAAGUUCUCCCCAGGACCUGGUACAAUGAUACAGAAAUAUAAGGUUAAAGAUGAGGAUCUAGAAGUAAUAUCUGCUACUUUAUUGGGACAGGUUAUAGUCAAAGAGAUUGAAUCUAGUACGGAAGCAGACAAAGAUGGUCCUUCAACUGGUGAUCAAGAAAAUGAAGUAAAGCAGUUGCAGAUAAAACAAUUCACUGUUUCGGUUUCUAAUAACACUGAUGAUGAUCUGCGAGAAGAUCGUAAGAACUACCGCAUUGACAAUGAUUUUGCAAAUAACUUGCCAAAGGAAGGAGAUGUUGUUUUAUGUCGUGUAACAAGAAUUAGACAACAAAUGGCGAAUGUUGAAAUUCUAGCCGUAGAAGGCAAAACUUCCCCCAUAGAUUCAGGUGUUGGUAGUAAAGGAACAGGAGUACCCGUUCAGGGUGAGGGUAUCGUUACAUUUUCUGUUUCACAAGCGUCCUCCGAUGUGGGUGAUACUUUUCGGGGCAUCAUAAGGUCUCAAGACGUUAGAGCAACGGAUCGUGACCGUGUUAAGAUUAUGGAAUCAUUUAGACCUGGUGAUAUUGUUAGAGCUGAAGUUCUAUCUCUCGGUGAUGGCAGUAAUUAUUACCUAACUACGGCUCGAAAUGACCUUGGUGUAGUGUUUGCUAAGGCUAGUAGAGGCGCUGGUGGACUAAUGUAUGCACUUGAUUGGCAAACAAUGGUUGCUCCUUCUACCGGAGCUAUAGAGCAGCGUAAAUGUGCGAAACCAUUUUGA